AGCACAGUUGGGCUGAAGUGACGAGUCCACCCCUUUUGACAGGGUGUCACUCUACCUGUUGUCUUCCAAGGGAGGAUCUCAUUUACUUAGACCUGAAGAGCCGCUUGGUAAGUAUGGGGAGUGAGCAUUCCAAAAACAAAGAUCCAAGCAAGGUCAAUCAGUGUGAUAAAAAUGGAGGACUGAAUGACCGAGCAGAAAACAUUACAUCAAAUGGACUAGAAAAUGAAGCUGAAGGUUUGACACCAAACCAACAAACCAGCAAGGUUGCAGCAUUCAAUUCUGACGCAGAUUCUGAAUAUGUGAUGAUGUACUCGGAUAGUCAGCAAGCUGAAACCCAAGUUGUUCCCGAAAAGCCGGCCGCCACCUCUGAGACAGAAGAGGCUGAGAAACCUGAAGCAAAAAUGCAUUUUUUUGACAAAAUAUUCAAAAAGAAAGCAGAACCAGAGGCGCCAGUUGAUGCAGAGCAUGUUGCUGUGGAAGAGACUCAUGAGAAUAUUGCAAUAGAAGCAAGUCUUCCUACCACAGACACACAGCUGGCGACUGCUAACCAAAACCCAGAGGCACUGACGGAACCAGACGGUGGGAAUCCAGAACCAAUUGACAACGCUAACUGUCUACCUGCAGAAGACAAGACUAACCCAGAAGAGAGUCCAGUUAUGAACUUCUUCAAAAAUUUAAAUUUAACGGUAGCUGUCCCUUCCCUUGUUCGGCAGACGACUCCUACUAAAACAUCCAAAAAGGAAACUUCUGAAGUCAUAACGGAUCAGCGACAGAGGGAGAAACAGCCAGCGCCAACUACCACUGUUGCACAAGUAUCUGAUCCUCCUGCCGCCUCCAAGGGAAUGUUGAUCCCGCCACCUCCUCCUCCAGAGCUUCCAAAACUGGAAGUCAAAGUGGAGCUAAGUGGCAAAGCAGCCAAAGCCUCCACCUCCAAAGAAAAAACAAAAGCUGCGGCAAAGGGCACGGAAUCCCCUAAAGGGAAGUCAGCCAAAGAUGUCCUGAGCAAAUUCUUCCAUUCAAAGACUAACAAGGAGACACAAGAGCAAGAAGCUGAAGUAGAUCCAAUUGUAGAAAAACAGGAAACUCCAGUGGAUGUGCCCCAAGCAGUUGUACAGGUUAAGGCUCAAGAACCUCAGCAGGCAAGAGAAGAAACUCAGAUGGUUGUAGAGGAGAAGAUGACAUUAGAGACACCACCGCCUGAGGUAGAAAAUGAGAAGGUGGAUCCUUCUAAAGCUGGGACACUGGAGGCCACUGCCAAGCAAGAACCACCACCACCGGUUCAACAAGAAAAGAAAACCCCAUCAAAGUCAUCAUUCUUCUCCUUUUUCAAACCUAAUGCGAGUGAUCCGAAGAAGGCGAGCCCUGCCCCCGUCAAAGCAGCAGAUGCAUCUCCCACAGUAAAGACCAAAGAGGAGCCCAAAGCUGCAGCAAAGUCAUGCGAGGUGGUCAUAGACGACAAAGCAGCCUCAGUGGCCCCCAAAGCUGGCGACAGUGCUGCCAAUGCAGCCAAGAAGUCAGAGAAGAGGAACUCCAUCCAGCUCUUUUUGAAACAUCUGGGUCAGAAACGUCACUCGACAGAUGCCGGGGUCCAGACCGAGCCAGUGACCGUGGCUCCAGCCAAAUGAAAACAGAAUCUACACUCAAGUACUUCUGUAUAGACUUCCUUCUGUGUUUAUCUUUCUCGCUGGCUCAUGGCAACAUUUCACGGAACCAUCAUAUUAAUAAUUGCUUGUUUUUGUCAGUUUAGCAGUUCAAAGGUCAAUACGAGGGGGCGAAAAAAAUGAAAGUGAAUAUGAACUGCGAGUGCAGGUAGUUUUGGGAUGGUUUGCUUUGUGACAAUGUGGAGGAGGUCAACAUUUGGUCAAAUCAAAGACUUGAAAUGAAAUUAGCUUUGUUUGUACUAACAAACACCUUUUACGGGAUCCACUAGCACACUUUACUUUUUGUUGCUGGGCGGCAACAGAAAUCUUUCUCUUAAAUGUGUAUUGCGCUUGAGAAAAUAGCACUUCAACAUUCUGUUAUGUUCAUGUGAGAUGUUCGUACAUAUAUUGACCCCACCUACUGGACACAUGAGAUAUAUCACAAUCGUUGCUAUGUCUAGGAAUAAUUGCAAGCUUUGAAAAUAACAAAUUCAUGUGGGAAUGAACUCUAUAAUAUAAUUGUCAAUGUGCAAAUAUGUGUUGUGCGACUGACACCAAAUCAAUAUGAAGUUGCCUCUGAACUGUCAAGUCAUGGUUGUCUUGUGGCAUGUUCUUGUGUGAUUAACAUUAUGUUUUUGUCUGCUUCCAUUAAUGUGUUUAUGUGUAAGUUACUUCCUGAAGACAAUAAAGAGAUUUGUCGGUUCUUGCUCAUUGGCAAAUGUUCAUACAGAGAAGCCUUCAAUAAAACCCACGAUGAGUC